AUGGGGUUAUUGGUGGUGAAUGGAGUUUUUGCUUUCGUUGCCUUCGUAGAAUUUCUGUGGGUGUUAUACACGGUUAAAAGAAGGAGAGCUUGUUUCAAUGAUUUGCAAUUUUAUCAAAAUUUCUUAGGAGGGUCCAAUAAGCAACAACUUAAAUUAUCGAAUAUCAUCAGCAAAAUGAAAACAAACUUCUUGGAACACACAAAGAGACUUGCUGAUCUCAGAACACCAUUUCGUUCUAAUCCUGGGGAAGGCCGUCAGCCACACGACCUGGAAACAGAUAAGAUUUAUGUGAAUGUCACAAUCCAUAAGAACAGAGCAGCAAUGGAUUUCCCCCAUGAAAGAUCUGAACAAUUGAAAGUGUACCCACCAAAACGUGGUAAGGACACUCGUGAGCUAAAACAGAUAGCAGAUAUAAUCGAUGCUGAACACAAAAAUGUGCUUGUUGUUGGCCGACCUGGCAUUGGAAAGACAAUGAUGUGCACCAGGCUCCUGCGAUUGUGGGCUGAAAGCGAGUCCAGUGAUGAGGUAGCUUUGUCUAUUGCUUUUCGGAAUGUUUCCUCUACUUCUGACAUCAAUAUCAGGGACCUUUUGACUCUUUCUACUACAACACAAGGACUUGAUGAUAAUGAGAUAAGCUACAUUUUAAACUACAUUACUGCAAACCCUAGCAAGCUCAUUUUGUGUUUAGAUGGUGUUGAUGAAUUUUCAUCUAGAUCAAAUAUUUCUCAAAGUGAAGAUUUGGACUUAAGAAGCACAGAUGGGGAAAUGGCCCCACAUAUACUUUUUCGUAAGAUAUGGUCUAGAAAACUCCUAUGCGAAGCAACAGUUAUAACAACAACACGUCCAACUGCUGUUGAAUGUCUGAGGGAACUUCCUGAAGACUGUUUGAAUAGAACUGUUGAGAUUCUUGGAUUCUCAUUUGAACAAAUCAAAGACUAUGUCACCAAAUUUUCCGGGAGCCGACCAAAGAUAUGGGAACACAUACAACAGAAUGCAAAUCUACUUUCCCUCUGCUACAUUCCAGUAAACUGCUUUAUUAUUUGUCAUUGUCUUCUUCAUAGUUCUGAUUAUGUGCUGCCUGUAAAGAUUACAGAGAUUUACAGUAUUUUUGUGAAAAUAUUCUUCCACAAGCGAAAUCACAACAGAAAAGCUUAUGGAUGUUCAAAAUGUGACCUUAGAACUUACAUGUACAAACCCUUUGAAGACCUGAAACCUGAAAAUGAAAAGGUGUUCAAGAGGCUUGGAGAGCUAGCAUUUGAAGGAAUUAGAGAUGGGAAGUUGAUAUUCGAGUCUGUUAAGAUAGAUGAUGCAUUAUUAGAUUGUGGGCUGCUUCACAGUUUACCUGAAAUACCUUCAAAUUCACUGGUGGAGCCCCCUAAACAAUACUUUUGCUUUAUUCACCUGACAGUGCAGGAGUUUCUAGCAGCUAAACAUGUGACAGACACAUAUUCGGAAGAAGAUUUAAAGAGCUUUGUUGAGAACCAUAUCAAUGACGGUGCAUGGCGAAUAGUCACACGGUUUGUGGCAGGGCUUUCCAAUACCCAUGAAGUCACAUGCAGACUCCUUCCAGAAAGAGUGACUGAUCAAAAGGAGUGGCCAGUUGCACAAGACACAACACUUGCUGUGAAUGUGUGCCACUGCUUAUAUGAAUCAGCUAGUGAGAUGGAGGCUAAAGCAUUGGUGCAGGGUAAACUUGAAAGAAUGGACUUAAAUUUAGUUAACUUUCCCACAUGUCAACUUGGACCUGAUGACGUGUCUGCUGUUGUGAAUGUAUUGAAGCAUGCGCCUAACCUCAAUACACUAUUAAUGCCCAAAAAUUAUAUUCGUUUGUUUGGCUGUAAGAAAGUUGUAACAUUGUUGCAGAAUUUUGGCAACAAACUUACUAAAUUGGACCUCACAUUCAACAGCAUAGGAGAUGAAGGAGCAAAGUACAUAGGUGAGGCACUUGGACAUGAUAAUUGUAAACUUACUCAGUUGAACAUCAGCGAUAAUGAUAUAGGAGAUGAAGGAGCAAAGUACAUAGGUGAGGCACUUGCACAUGAGAAUUGUAAACUUACUAUGUUGAAUAUCAGCGAUAAUGAUAUAGGAGUUGAAGAAGCAAAGUACAUAGGUGAGGCACUUGGACAUGAGAAUUGUAAACUUACUAAGUUGGACAUCAGCGAUAAUGAUAUAGGAGAUGAAGGAGCAAAGUACAUAUGUGAGGCACUUAGACAUGAGAAUUGUAAACUUACUCAGUUGGACAUCAGCUUUAUUGGUAUGGGAGAUGAAGGAGCAAAGUACAUAUGUGAGGCACUUAGUCAUGAGAAUUGUAAACUUACUCAGUUGGACAUCUGCUUAAAUAAUAUAGGAGUUGGAGGAGCAAAGUACAUAGGUGAGGCACUUGCACACGAGAAUUGUAAACUUACUAAGUUGAACAUCACUGGUAAUAUAGGAAAUGAAGGAGCAAAGUACAUAGGUGAGGCACUUAGACAUAAGAAUUGUAAACUUACUCAGUUGGACAUCAGCUUUAUUGGUAUGGGAGAUGAAGGAGCAAAGUACAUAGGUGAGGCACUUGGACAUGAGAAUUGUAAACUUACUCAGUUGAACAUCGACAAUAAUAAUAUAGGAGAUGAAGGAGCAAAGUACAUAGGUGAGGCACUUAGUCAUGAGAAUUGUAAACUUACUCAGUUGGACAUCAGCUUUAUUGGUAUGGGAGAUGAAGGAGCAAAGUACAUAGGUGAGGCACUUGCACAUGAGAAUUGUAAACUUACUAAGUUGAACAUCACUGGUAAUAUAGGAAAUGAAGGAGCAAAGUACAUAGGUGAGGCACUUGCACAUGAGAAUUGUAAACUUACUAUGUUGAAUAUCAGCGAUAAUGAUAUAGGAGAUGAAGGAGCAUAGUAGAUAGGUGAGGCACUUAGUCAUGAGAAUUGUAAACUUACUAAGUUGGACAUCAGAUAUACUAAUAUAGGACUUGCACAUGAGAAUUGUAAACUUACUCAGUUGAACAUCAGAUUUACUAAUAUAGGAGAAGAAGGAGCACAGUACAUAGGUGAGGCACUUAGUCAUGAGAAUUGUAAACUUACUAAGUUGAAUAUCAGCUAUACUUAUAUAGGAGAUGAAGGAGCAAAGUACAUAGGUGAGGCACUUGCACAUGAGAAUUGUAAACUUACUAUGUUGAAUAUCAGCGAUAAUGAUAUAGGAGUUGAAGAAGCAAAGUACAUAGGUGAGGCACUUGGACAUGAGAAUUGUAAACUUACUAAGUUGGACAUCAGCGAUAAUGAUAUAGGAGAUGAAGGAGCAAAGUACAUAUGUGAGGCACUUAGACAUGAGAAUUGUAAACUUACUCAGUUGGACAUCAGCUUUAUUGGUAUGGGAGAUGAAGGAGCAAAGUACAUAUGUGAGGCACUUAGUCAUGAGAAUUGUAAACUUACUCAGUUGGACAUCUGCUUAAAUAAUAUAGGAGUUGGAGGAGCAAAGUACAUAGGUGAGGCACUUGCACACGAGAAUUGUAAACUUACUAAGUUGAACAUCACUGGUAAUAUAGGAAAUGAAGGAGCAAAGUACAUAGGUGAGGCACUUAGACAUAAGAAUUGUAAACUUACUCAGUUGGACAUCAGCUUUAUUGGUAUGGGAGAUGAAGGAGCAAAGUACAUAGGUGAGGCACUUGGACAUGAGAAUUGUAAACUUACUCAGUUGAACAUCGACAAUAAUAAUAUAGGAGAUGAAGGAGCAAAGUACAUAGGUGAGGCACUUAGUCAUGAGAAUUGUAAACUUACUCAGUUGGACAUCAGCUUUAUUGGUAUGGGAGAUGAAGGAGCAAAGUACAUAGGUGAGGCACUUGCACAUGAGAAUUGUAAACUUACUAAGUUGAACAUCACUGGUAAUAUAGGAAAUGAAGGAGCAAAGUACAUAGGUGAGGCACUUGCACAUGAGAAUUGUAAACUUACUAUGUUGAAUAUCAGCGAUAAUGAUAUAGGAGAUGAAGGAGCAUAUGCACAUGAGAAUUGUAAACUUACUCAGUUGAACAUCAGAUUUACUAAUAUAGGAGAAGAAGGAGCACAGUACAUAGGUGAGGCACUUAGUCAUGAGAAUUGUAAACUUACUAAGUUGAAUAUCAGCUAUACUUAUAUAGGAGUUGGAGGAGCAAAGUACAUAGGUGAGGCACUUGCACAUGAGAAUUGUAAACUUACUAUGUUGAAUAUCAGCGAUAAUGAUAUAGGAGUUGAAGAAGCAAAGUACAUAGGUGAGGCACUUGGACAUGAGAAUUGUAAACUUACUAAGUUGAAUAUCAGCAAUAAUAAUAUAGGAGAUGAAGGAGCAAAGUACAUAUGUGAGGCACUUAGUCAUGAGAAUUGUAAACUUACUCAGUUGGACAUCAGCUUUAAUAAUAUAGGAGAUGAAGGAACAAAGUACAUAGGUGAGGCACUUAGACAUGAGAAUUGUAAACUUACUCGGUUGAUAUUGUAAAGUGUAAAAAUAAGUAAUCGUGUGGCAUCUUAUUACCUAGCUCGAAUAUUUUACGUUUGAUCACCUGUAAUUGUCUUAUAUCCUAGAAUAAAGGUCACAAUAAACUCUCA